CCUUGCUUUUUCCUCUCUUUUUUUUCUGGCGCCGAAACCCCCGUUCCAAGUCGCAGAACCCGCCUCGAUCGAUCGUGCCAUGAGCCGUUCGCUGGUGGAGCGCUCCAACUCCAACCGGGUGCCCCGGGGGCGCUCGGACGUGCUGAAGCGGCUGGGCACCCUCUCCAUCGAGGCCCCGGCGCUCACCGCAGCGCCCUCCGAGGAGGAGCCGCAGCUGUCGCAGACGCAGCCGCUGCCCACGGUGGCGGUGGAGGAGCCCUGCGGCCUCACGCCGGCGAGCUUGAAGCACCUCAAGCGCCAGCGGGACGCUCUCAGCGAGGAGAAGGCGAAGCUCCAAGUGGAGCUCCUGGACACUGCGAAGCAGCUGAAGGAGAGUAGGGCCUUCUCUAGAGCUGGGUUUGCUUGUUGUUGUGUUGUUUUGUUUUGUUUUUGCUUCCUUUUUUCUUUUUUCCUUUUUUUGGCGGGGGGUGAGACCGUGAGACCCACUGCCAGGGGUACCGUAUCCCCGAAGGGAGUAGGUACCUUGUGGUAGUGGAGAAUGUAUUGGUAGAAGGGUGCCAUAGUAGUCUCGCAGAAGCAGUCCGAAGAAGGUGUGGAGUAUCUCACUCCAUGUUGGCUGAGUCAUGCGGAGGGCAAAUUCUCGUUGCCUGUGUCCAGUGCAAGUUUGUACAGGAAAAGGUCAAGUGGAGCGAAAUCAAGAC